AUGUUUCGUACUUCCAAGGUCCGUCCGUAUGUACCGACCUUGCUUCCCUUUUUCAAGACAUUCGCACUUUACUUCAUCCUUUUUUGCUCAGAUCCGCCAUCGCUCACCUACUGUAUUUUCAAAUGCGCUCCAAUCUGCUGUCUGAUCUUCUUUGUGCACUACCAGGAUCUUCACAUCGCCGCCAAGAAUGAUCUUAAAGAGGCGGAAAGACAUCGUUACUCAAAAUGCAUUCUCUCCGGUCUCGUAUUGUCCUGCCUGGGUGAUGCUCUGCUCGUGGGUCGGGCCCUUGGUCUAUUUGUGCCCGGUGUACUGGCCUUUCUGAUCGCUCAUCUAGCCUAUCUGACCGCUUUUGGCUUCCGCCCACUCGCUCUGCCUCUUCUAUCACCCUUUCUACUGUCCUAUCUCACGAUAAAUCUGUUUUUAAGCUCUUACUUAUCCGGUCUGCUGACUUUCCUGGUUCCAAUUUAUACCCUUAUUCUUGGCACGAUGUUGUGGCGAGCACUGGCUAAAUCGUACACCGAGGAGGGGGGCCUACGUAACCUCCCGUCACUAUCUCGUGUGGUGGGGGCGGUCACCUUUGCUGUCUCGGACACCUUGCUGGCGGUGGAGGAGUUCGUUUGUCCUCUACCACUCUCUCAAUACAGUAUUAUGCUCACUUACUACUUGGCCCAAUUGGGUUUGGCGCUCUCCACCGUCACCAUUCAACCGGCCAAACAUCGCAUCAUUAACUGA